AAACAAAAGAGCUGCAAUUUACGCAAAAAGUGAAAAUGAAUUCGGACAAAAAAUAGUGUGCGCAAACCGGCUGACCCACACAAUACAUACAGAAGUGAACUCAACUCAACAACAAGCAGCUGCAGAGGCCAGACGACAACAAUGAGCAACUACAGAUACCAUGGGGGAGGUGGUGGUGGAGGCGGCGUUGGCUACUAUGGCAUUGAGGUGCGCGACAUGCACCAGCGUAUCUCGUAUCCACAUCACUUUACGUUCGUUAGCGCCUGCGUCAAAUACAUGAUAUUCAUAUUGAAUUUCCUGUUCUGGCUAUUUGGGGGCCUGCUGCUGGGCAUUGGAAUAUAUGCGUUUAUGGACAAAUGGGAGGAUGCGAACGGAUGGGUGAAGCUGGAAACCAUUUACGAUGUUGUACUCAACAUAUCGCUAGUGAUGAUCAUAACGGGCAUUGUUAUAUUCAUAGUCAGCUUCGCUGGCUGCCUGGGCGCGCUGCGCGAGAACACCUGUCUGCUCAAGUUCUAUUCCAUGUGCCUGUUGAUCUUCUUCCUCAUGGAAAUGGCCAUAGCGAUCAUUUGUUUUGUGUUCCCACAAAACAUGAACUCCUUCCUCGAGGAUCAGUUCACCGAUAAGAUCAUCCACUCGUAUCGCGACGAUCCGGACUUGCAGAAUUUCAUUGACUUUGCACAGCAGGAGUUCAAGUGCUGUGGCCUGAGCCAUGAUGGAUACCAGGACUGGAGCAAGAACGAGUACUUCAACUGCUCGUCGCCGUCCGUGGAAAAGUGCGGUGUGCCAUAUAGCUGCUGCAUCAAUGCGACCGAUAUCAGUUCGGGACUGGUUAACAUUAUGUGCGGGUAUGGCGUACAGGAGCAUUCAGUUGCCGCUGCCAGCAAACUAAUUUGGCCCAGUGGCUGCAUCGAAAUCGUUCGGGUCUGGGCUGAGCGGAAUCUGUAUACGAUUGCGGGCAUUGCGCUGGGCAUUGCUCUGCUGCAAUUGUUGGUCAUAUACUUGGCCAAAACGUUGGAGGGCCAAAUCGAGUUGCAAAAAUCACGCUGGGCAGCGUAAGCGCACAAAUAUAUAUACACAAGCAUAGUCAGUUUACUGAUGCCGCUCCCUGACCAAUCGCCAUAAGAUAAGCAGAGCAAAUCUUUAUUUGCCUUGCAUUCGAUUUAUUUUGAGGUUGAGGUUGAGUUGAGGUUGCAGUUGAUUAACCGCAAUACUCACAUAUUUGUAGCAUUUCACUCAGAUUUGUAUUUGUUAUCUCACAUAUGUUAUUAAGGACUUCAAAAAGCCACUUUCAAUGUACUCCAUUUUUCGUUUAUGUUAUUGUCAUUAUUUUUUUUUAUAAUUUCAAUUUCGCAAAUGAUUUUUGAUUGCUCGAAUAAUACUCUACAGUGUUGCAAGAUUGUAAAUAAACGC